GCUGCUUUAUCGGAUUGUUGCUUGUCCAUUUGCACUGUGCAUGAAACGUCACACUAUAAUCGAAUGCAAGCAAUAUCAUGUCGCUCGAUGCUUUUAUAAUUUUGAGCCGCUCGGUACCAUCAACUGUCAGUUUGUUAUCACGCAGAACAUGUGGGGGUUGCAAUAAUUAUAUAAGUAUGCAUGUGCACUGCACAAUGAAUAAAUUAAUAUCUUUCACUCAGCUAGCAGAUGUUAAGUCCGUUACAGAGACAUGCAAGGUGCACACAUUUUGACCGUUCCUUAAGAAAUUUGCAAACGUUUCCUUAUCAGUGUUCCGCACAUCUGUACUAAAUUUCGCAUACAACAUAUGCACAAAACAGAUAUACUUUCUUUGAACUUCUUACCAUCUAUAUUCAUCAAGUUGAUAAUAUAUAAUGACGAAAAACUGCGUCCUUCUGUUAGUAUCAGUUUGAAACUCCAACAACACUACGACGAUGUCAGCAGAUCAAUCCUCGCCUAUGGCAGCGCCAAACAACAGCGGAACCAAUGACAUUUACACUAACGAGUUGUGGUCCGAGGACGGGGCAAUGGCUAUGCUGGAGGCUGAACUAUUGAGAAGCGACGCUGCACCUGCCGACGCCGGCCUGUUUGAUGAAGAAAACUCAUUAAUGGAACUAUUGACCAGAGCUGAAAAGCAACUCAAGGAGCAAAACCUCUGGCAGCCACUUCAUCAAACGGAUCGACGUCAGCAACAGGUUUCCAGCCCCGAUCUCCCUCCCCCUUCAUCGCCGCAUUGCCAGCAGCUUGUAAUAUACACGUCGCCACCACCCGCCACCCGAGCUGCUGCGAUCCCCCCCGCCUUCACCGUCACAUCACACCAACAAGUCCGGAUACCCCCCGCCACCGCCUUCACCGUCACAUCACACCAACAAGUCCGGAUACCCCCCGCCUCCACAACAAGAAUCCCCCCCGCCUCCACAUCACACCAACAAGGUUGUCCCCCCGCCGCCGCUGCCUCCACCGCUCAUCCUUAUAGUCGUCCACGCGCAAUCUUAGGAUCUAACUCUAUGCGGCAUGAAUUUGAUUUCGAUGGCCUGAUAAGAUUUUCAGAUCCAUCCCGACGUCGUACAAUUGCGUUAAAACAUUUAUCCGAUGCAUUUCAGUAUCCUGUUUUAGGUGCGCGUGUUGUGCGCUCCUACAACAAGGAUGCUGUUAUCAUUAGGGUAGCAAAUGUAGGACGUCGGGGCAACGAAGAUGCCGAAAUUGAAACAUUCAUGCCGCAUAGAUUUACUGCUAAGAUUACGCGUGCGAAUGUACAGUCAUUUAAUUCAGGUUGCCACAAUUUAAUAAUGCAAGUUGUACAUAAUGAAGGUCGUUCCUCUGAUAUAAGGCUGAAUCGACGGUCGCGACAGCGGCCGUAGAUUCAGCUGAUCAGAGGAACAUUUUUAAAUUAAUAAUAUUUAAAAUUUUAAUUUUUUUUUUUUUUUUUUUUUUUAAAUUGUGGCAAUUUGAAUUAAAGGAUUAGGUUUCUUUUUCUUCUUGUUCAAUUAUAAUAAAUUAUAUAUAUAUGUUGAUUAUUGCACUUCAUUUAACUUACCUUGUGUGUGUGUGCGUGAUCAACAACUGUGCACAACUGAUGUACAAUCAUUGUUCUGCAUGACUAUUUAUAGUCAAAGGUUAAUGACUCAGACAUGUCUGGUCAUGCAUAGCUGCACACAUGCGUCAUACAUGAAUGCAUUCAGUUGCAUGUCACUGCAAACUUAGUUUGCCAGCAGACACGAUGGGAGUCAAGUCAAUAGGACAAGAAAUGAAAAUAAUCAUAGUAUUUGUUACAUUCAUAAUAUACACAAUUAGUAUGAUAUUACUCUUAUACUAUACUCUGAGUACUUGUACAUUGCACAAUAUUAGAGUUGAAAAUGUGUUAAAUUUUUCAUCAUUAAACCAAACUGUAAAAGACAGCAGCAGUACUGCCAAUUUAAGCGUAAAAGCUUAUAAUAAAGCACAUAUAUUAUCUUAUAUAAAACUAUGUGUUCAAUCUCAAAUGAAUUAUAAAACAUCGAAAUUAUUUGAUGAUGGACUAGACAAAUGGUAUGAUUAUAUGAAUGAUCAACGUAAGGUUAUUUGUAAUUUUUUUAACAAUUAUACAGCAUUGAACAGUUGUAUAAACAUAAACCCAUCGUCUGGUGAUAGUAUUUCGAAUUUUCUACUAAUAACAACAUUACAACUUUGUAAUAUUUUUGAUAGCGAGUCGGAGCCGACAGCAGGUCUUAAGGGGAUUAACUAAUUUCUAUUUAGUCAGGUUUCAACAUUGCUAUUGAAAGGAUGGUAGCAAAAAAGACUUGUCGUCGACGAGUGCGACGUAAAAUUGGUACUGGUAUUUUAUCGAAACUUAGCGGAUUUGCAUCAACCGCCCUUAAUAAAAUUGUCGAUACAUUACCCCUGGAGUUGCAUAUCCCCUCCUACCGCUUUUGUGGACCCGGCACCAAAUUAGAUAAAAGAUUAAGGAGGGGGGACAAAGGAAUAAAUAGUCUGGAUGAAGCAUGUAAAGAGCAUGAUAUAGCGUAUGCGCAGAAUAGUGAUAAUUCGUCGCGAAAUGUGGCCGAUCGUCGUUUGGCUGAUAAAGCAUGGUCUGUUUUUAAAAAUCCAAACACAGGUUUAACUGAAAAAGCAGCCGCAUACUUAGUUACAAAUUUGAUCAAAGCUAAAGCUGCCUUUGGCGGGGGUAGAGUACAACGGAGGCGGCGGCGGAAUAAUAGAAGAGAAGGUUGGAAAAAUAAUUCAUCACUACAAGAACAAAGAAGUGCACAUUUAUGACAAAAAGCAAUUAAACAUUUAAGUAAGCACAUAGCUGGUCAAGGUUUUUAUUUAAGACCAUAUGCGCCCUUGUAUAAAGGCGGUAGAAUCAUUGAAACACCUUCACAAAGAAGAAGGACAACAAAGAAGAAGAGGACGAGGAGAGCGCCAAAGAAAGUGAAAAAAUGAAGAUUAAUAUACAAGGACCACUGUCAAAUUAUGAUCUACAAGAUUGGGCUGAUAUUUUAGAUAUUAAAUUGCGUGGUAUUUAUAUGAUUGAUACAUUGCCAAAAAGAAUUAAUUUAAAUGAAAAAUCGAUCAUAAAUUUAGACUCGAUCAUGAACAGUGGAACACACUGGGUGGCUUACAAAAAACAUGCACAAAAAGUAUAUUAUUUUGAUCCAAUUGGUAAUUUACAGCCGCCCAUACAAUUGAUAAACUAUUUCAAACAACAACCAAAUGUUGAAAUUUAUUUCAAUUAUGAUCAAUUACAAACACUAAAUAGUAAUGUAUGUGGUCAUUUUUGUCUUUUAUUUCUUGCAGAUGCGUUAUAGCAGACAGUUCACUUGUAGAUGUGUAUGAAAGAAGGUGGUGGUAAAACAGUAGUAGUACACAAUGGUUGUAAUAACAUUAUCAUCUAAAGACCGUAGCAGCAGCAGUUGUUUAAUUGAAGUACUUCCCACUGUACUAGAGCUAGACGCACGCUAUCAAUAUGAAAUUGGAUUGAUUAAUUUAUGGACAUACAAUAGUGUACCGAAUAUAAUUAAAAAUGUCAACUCAUCUUUUAAGUAUGGUGAUAGCUUGAUUGAUUUGGAUACAGGCUCCUACGAAAUUGAUCGUAUAAUAAAUGAAAUAAAGAGAAAAUUGAACGUUGAUAGUUCAAAUCUAAUUAUACAAGGAAAUAAUACGACAAUGCUAUGUGAAUUGAAAGCGGAUAAAGAUGUUGAUUUAACAAUGAACACAUCACUAGCCGAUAUACUCGGUUUUGAUAGAGAAAUUCUUGUAGCAAAUAAAUGGCAUUAUUCUAAACGUUUAGUAUCCAUUACAAAUAUAACAUCGUUCCAGGUUACUUGUAAUAUUGCAUGCGGCAGUUAUCGAAAUGGGCAAGAGGUUCAUACAAUUUUUGAAUUCCUACCAAAGGUUGCACCUGGUUUUCUAAUAAAUGAAUCACCAUCGCCAAUUAUUUACUUUCCAUUAAACACGCACAGAAUUCAAUCUAUUGUAAUUCAAGUAGUUGAUCAGAAUGGUAAACUAGUUGAUUUCCGCGGCGAUAGUAUAACAAUAAGAGUACACAUUAGAAAGAAGGAAUAGAGAGAGAGAGAGGCGGCGAUGGAUCAAGCAUGUGUUAGAAUGAUGUGAGCAUUAGUCACGCAAACAACACAAGCGAGAGAGCAAGAAGCGCUACAGAAUGGGUUUUGUUGUGUAUAACAACCUAGGUGCGGCAAGUAGGAGGGUGUGGAGUGGCGGCGGUAGGA